CACCGCAAUUUGAUUUGGUCUGUGGUCCUCCUCUGGCCAGACCCUAUGGCAUUCACAUUUUCUGUGAUUAAAAUCCAAACAUCAUUUUUCUUUUUGUUGGUAUCCUUAGCAAAAUUAAAACUUCCCACUAUUGUUCCAUAAUGGCACCGAACACCCUCUAGUAGUGCAUUGGUUUCAGCAGCAGUGAAGUUACAGCUUCUUGAGUCCAUGGUUCCAUUGCUUUACUAUAGUGAACAUUGUUCAUCAAUUAUAGGCCUUGGGUCCAAUUGCCUCAAUUGAACACAAGCCAAAACUAAUCAGUUGUAAUAGGUGUGUUUGAAAAGACCAACUACACAGCCAUAUAAAUCAUUCUUUCUCAGAGGAUUCACAGAGAGACAGUGAAAUGGCAGGUGUUGUCCACCGCCACCACCACUUUGCCAGGAGAGGAUACCGUCAAAGGGUGUAUGUUGAACGUACCAAGCCACUGGAGCAAUACACCACUGAGGAGCUGUAUGUCCGGUUUCGCUUUGGGAAGGCUGAUAUAGAGUACCUUGUGAACCUUCUCAGGCCAAAACUUCAACACAGAACCCAAAGGAGUCACGGUCUGCCUGUGGAAGACCAGAUCCUCAUUGCUCUCCGAUUUUAUGCAUGUGGGACUUUCUAUCAAGUUGUUGGUGACUAUAUGGGAGUGGUGAAAUCAGCUGUGUGUGAUGUGGUGAGAGAUGUGUCAAUCACAUUGGCCAGCCUGGUCAAUGAAUUUGUUUCUUUUCCAAAGGACAACCAGAUUGCCCAGGCCAAGCGCAGCUUUUUUCUUUUGGGGAAUAUGCCCAAUACUAUUGGAGCAAUCGACUGCACACAUGUGCAUAUACAAGCACCUCGUGAGAAUGAAUGGGAGUUUAUAAACAGAAAGGGGAGGCACAGCAUCAAUGUCCAACUUGUGUGUGAUGCUGACCUCAUCAUCACCAACUGCGUUGUCAAGUGGCCUGGGUCUGUCCAUGAUGCACGCAUCCUGAGGGAGAGCGCUCUAUAUAGAGACCUCCAAACCAACCGACCGGAUGGCAUAAUAUUAGGAGACAGUGCCUACCCACUCCUACCAUGGCUGAUGACUCCUUUUCUAACAGCAAAUACAACGGCGCAGGCACGCUUCAACACUGCUCAUUGCAGAGCAAGAUGUGCAAUUGAGCGUUUAAAUGGAGUUCUUAAGAGGCACUUUGCAUGCCUUAACUACCUGAGAGCGGAACCACAGAAAGCAUGCAACAUAACCCUUGCCUGUAUUGUCCUGCACAACAUCGCUACUAAGCGCAAUGUCCCUCUCUGUGCUGACAAUGAUGCACCUGAGCCCCUUGGAGACCCUAACCAACCUCCUGCAUUCUGCCAGAACGAGCAAACAGGAUGUGCAACAAGGGACGCAAUAGUUAGACACUAUUUCUGAUUUGGAUUUGUUUUGGAUUUCAAAAAUCAGUGAUUGCUAUUCUUUGCAUUUUUUUGGUUAUUCUGUAAUCAUUGCAUGCAUCACUAAUAAAUAUUCUAAAAACAAAAAUAUUUUCGAUUGUGAUGAAUAUAUAUAUCAAUUAGUGACAGAAUAAAAUUUAUUGUUUUUGCUCAAUUUUGACAGCUGUUUGGGGGAUUAUUUUAUGAGGCCAAACUCUUUCUACUUUGCUGUAGGCCUAUACUGAAAGGCUGAAUAUGUUAAAGCCUACCUAAUCACUGUAGCCUGACGGAUGAACAAAUAAAAUUAAAACCUUAUGAAUAAAUAGGAUAUCUUGUAAGAUACUGCAUGAUCCAAAUAUAGUAUUAUUUGAUACAUUUUUAAAGUUUUCAUUACAUUUUGGCCAUGAAAUCCACGCUGAAUCCACCCUUCUGAUGGGAUCAGUUUAAUCCAGAUUUUUUGGAUCAAAGUGAUCCAAAUCCUACAAAAAAGUUCUGAAAAACCCAAACUAAAGGUUUGAUCUGGAUCAAAACCAAGAUUGGAUUACGUGAUCUAACCCGAUUAUGUAAUCCAUUUUUUCUUUUGAAAAACACAUUUUCAAGAUUUGAUCCAAUCCGUUAUCCAAAAUCCUAGUGGAUUACUUUUGAAAAACUGGGCCCAGAGAAUCAAUUCUAGAAGUCACCUCAGAAGGAUUUUUCACUUUCUUCAGACAAUGAUAGAUGAAUGUACUGCAUUCCAGAUUUAUUCUGAAUAUCUACUGCUCGUGCAGUCUUCAGAAGUGUGCGUGCUGUAGCGGGCAAUGUAAAAUGUCCCUGUGAAUGCAAAACAUUUGAAGGGUCAUCUAAAGCACUUUGUCGGAUUUGGUGUUUGUUGGUCCAUGUAAUGAGGUCCUCUCUCAAAGAAUUUGUUUCCUCAUCCUCUUCAGAGACUGACAAAAUCAGGGUUUGUGUCAUAAUCCGGAGAGUACUCAGUGCUUUCAUCAAUGCUCUGUCCUCUUGAUUUAAGGAUAUAUUUUCAUAUUUUUAGUUUUGAGUUGCUAGGGUACUCUUAAUGGUUGCUAGGGCAUGGCUAGACAAACUAAUAGACUGCAUGUCUGCCCAAAUCAAAAGAGCCGAGCUUACGUGUCUCUAUGAUGUUCUGAUUCAUUUAUAUCACUCUCAUCUAUUUUCAAUGGAAGUCUAUGGAGUGGAUGCUAGGGGGCUGUAACUGGUUGCUAAAGUGUGGCUAUGAUGAAGAUUUUAGGUCAUAACUUAUUGGCUCCUUGAUAAGAUAAGUCAAAUGAGUGAGAGAGAAAAGAUUCCUCAGGCCCUGCAUGUGCGUGUGAAAAUGACAGUUGAGACUGACGGAAUGUUCGUAAAUUUUAUUUUUUAAUGCAAGUCUAAGGGACUUUUUUGCCUGCUUUUACGUCCGCUGUGCAAACAUCGUAGGUCCGAUGACUUAGAAAAGUCAUAGCACACCUCUCCUC